GAACUGAGAGCUGAUUGGUGGCUUGUGUGUGGCUCCGCCCCUUCCGGUCAUGUCAUGGCAUGUCUUUGUUGCUCCAUGUGAACUCUGGAGUUUCAUUAUUGUUCAGUAGAACGAGGACUGCGGGACACACUGACAGGUCAGAUUUUGUGGCGUUAUCAUGGCUGAGAACGGAAAGCACGGUGAGAUGGACACGGAAACACCUCCAGCGUCACAGGAAACGCAGAGUGUGAUGUCUCGCGUGAGUAACCUGGCCCUGGUGAGCUCAGCGUGUGACGCCGUGUCCAGCGCGUACAGCAGCACGAAGGAAAGCGUCCCCGUGCUCAGAGGAGUGAUGGACGCGGCCGAGAGCGGAGUUCGGACCCUGAGCACCGCCGCCAGCUCGGGAACAAAACCUAUACUGAACAAACUCGAGCCACAAAUUGCCAUGGUGAACGAGUACGCCAUGAAAGGGCUGGACAAGAUGGAGGAGAAUCUUCCUGUCUUACACCAGCCGGCGGACAAGCUGGUGUCUGAGACGGUGGGAAAGGUGUAUCAGUGUGUGUCAGGAGCGAAGGACGCGGUGGUGGGGGCGAUGAUGGGGGGAGUGGAGAUGACCCGCACGGCCCUCAGCGGGGGUAUUAACACCGUCAUGGGGUCCCGCGUGGGGCAGAUGGUCAGCAGCGGAAUGGGUUUGUCUCUGAACCAAUCGGAGGACCGUGUGGAGCAAAAACUCCCGCUCACUGAGACCGAACUGGCCGCUGUAGCAGAGCCUCCGCCGAAGGACGAGGUCGAGGUCCAAACCUCGCUGAGCAGCGAAGGCGUGGCUUCCCAAAGCUCCGCCCCCAGCUACUUCGUGCGCCUGGGGAAACUCACAGCCCAGGUUCAAGAGCGAGCGCUGGAGCUGUCCCUCAUUAAAGCCAGCGCCGCCCGGGACGCCACUCACAAAGCCGUGUCCCAGAUCACCAGCACCCUGGACCUGCUGGAGAACCUGAGAGGAGCCAACGCGCUGGUGGGAGCGCCCGAGCAGCUCCUCAAGAGGUGGAGGGAGUGGAGACAGGAGGGGCAGGAAGAACACGGGCAGGGGCACGGGGCAGAAAGCACGGAGGAGGACGGCGGUGAGGACGGCAAAGAGAACGGAGAGCAGCUGGAAUGGCGAGCUCUGUCCAUGGUGCGCUCUCUGAGUGCGCAGCUGCGUGUGGCGUGUUCAGGCGUCGUCUCCAGUGUUCAGGGUCUCCCCAGCGCCGUACAGGAGCAGCUGCUGAACGCACGGCACUCGGCCGAAGAGCUGCACUCGUCCCUCGGCAAGACCAGGACGGUCACACCGCUGCUGCUCCAACAGAGCCGAAACCAGCUCACACAGGUGAGACAGUCACUGGACGGAGUGAUGGAUUACCUCCUGAACAACACGCCUCUGAACUGGUUAGUCGGGCCUUUUUCACCUCAGCUGGUGGAGAAACGUCCGAGCGCAGAGUAGCUUCCAGAAACGACAAGUCUAACUGACGUGUGCCUUAAAUAUCUGUAUGUAAACUCUUUUACCUGCACUGAGCACGGGAUAAUCAAUAUAACAUUACUCAUUAAAAUCACUAACGAAUC